UCCCCGUGCUCCAGCCCGUCAGUGUCCGUCAUUGCCCCGUCAGUCUAUCGGCAACCUGCGUACCAGCCGUGUCGCAGUGCUUACGUAACAAUUAUUAUUCCUUAAACCAGUGAUGCGUUAAUUUUCAUUUUGUUUAAAUUAUUCCUAAUUUGUGACCCAAAAAUAUCACCAAUCGAUACCAAAAUAAAUCGGGUAAAAUCAUCGGAAAACUGUUGACGAAAAAGCGAAAAGAAAACAAUCACAAAAAUAUUGAAACAAACAACUCAACGAGAAGGGAUUAAUGCUGAAGAGGUUGAAAUGCUGGAGUGAUAAAAAAAAAUUGUCUGGAUGGAUGUACAUGUGAUUGUGUGCCCGUAGUAGACGUGUCAUCAUCAAAAUUUCCCGUAUUCUGGGGCACUCAAACCCCCUGAGAAUACACUCGUCCACAAGAACGAGCAUUGGCUCCUCCUCGUCGUGACAGCGAACACGGAGAGCGAGUGAAGAUCAAUCGAAUAUUCUCCACCUCUCCCGGCCGUCAGUGAUAACACACCGUAAAAUUUCCGUCCUAAAAUUCUUCCCCCGACUUAAUUAUUCUCAUUAAAAAUUAAUCGUAAUCACGCGUUGCGGCACAAUCGGCAGGUUAACCGUUCUCUUAUGCCACGACACUCGUUAUAUCGAUUGCUUUGAAAAUAGAAGCGUGUGUGCGGGGGGAAACGAAACACCUGCUCAACUGUACGGUUAUACAGUGCGACAGGUGCAGUAUUAAACAGCCAGGGUAUUGGGAGUAAAGUUGAAGAGAGGAGCUAGAAAACUGGAGACGAUAAGGGUGGCAAGUGCUGUGCAAUUGUGAUUUAUCUGUGAAACAAAGCUUUUUUUUUUUCCUUGUUUGUUCGGUUAAUCGUUUGGAUGCGUUGACCGGGGGACGACGGGGAGGAGCUAUCGAUCAUUCGGUAUUGUUGGGGACUGUUGUUAUUUAUUUAUUUUUUUUUCGGGGGCUGUUUUGAGGAAGGUUAUUCGACGGAACAGUCCUGGAGGCGCCUGUCGUCUUCGCCGGUACAACCAUAACGCCGCCCGCCCUAAAACGCCCGAGACGGGAAACGGUGGACUCAUCCCCGCCACCCGCUCGCAUUGCAUCAACAACCGGUAAUCCCGGAUCUUCGGCCGAAAUCCAAACCUGCAUUAUGGAGGCACCAUUAUCACAAAGCAUGGAUUCGGUCAAUACCGUUGCUAAUGGAGAGGACGAGGUACGCACCUUGUUCGUGAGUGGCUUGCCGAUGGACGCCAAACCGAGGGAGCUCUAUCUACUUUUCAGAGCGUACGAGGGGUACGAGAAUUCACUGCUCAAAGUGACGAGUAAAAAUGGGAAGACGGCGUCGCCGGUGGGUUUUGUAACGUUUCACACAAGAGCAGGAGCCGAGGCAGCGAAACAAGAUUUACAGCAGGGGGUUAAAUUCGAUCCUGAUAUGCCACAAACCAUACGUUUGGAAUUUGCAAAAAGUAACACAAAGGUUAGCAAACCCAAGCAACCAGCCGCUGCAGCAGCCACCUCGCACCCCGCUCUGAUGCACCCUCUAACCGGACACUUAGGAAGCCCCUUCUUCCCAGGUGGACCUGAACUAUGGCACCAUCCACUGGCGUAUUCAACAGCGGGCGAAUUACCCGGGACACUUCAGCAUGCGACACUGGUGCAUCCUGCGUUACAUCCACAGGUUCCCGCUCCAAUGUCUCUGCCGCAUCCAACAACCCUGACGUCAAUCCACGCAUCGUUACCCCACUUUCUACCAUCUCCAGCAUUAGCAUCACCAGUUGGUUCGUCAUCAUCCCAACCAAGUAUUGCUGUUAGUAAUGCUCCAUGCUCCACUCUCUUUGUUGCUAAUCUCGGACAAUUUGUGUCUGAGCACGAACUCACCGAGAUCUUCAACAGUUUUACUGGUUUCUGUCGGCUUCGUAUGCACACGAAGGGAGGCUCACCCGUUGCCUUCAUCGAAUUCCAAGACGUUCGCUACGCGGCCCAAGCAAUGGCCGCCCUGCAAGGAUCCCUACUCCUCUCCUCCGAUCGUGGACCGAUAAGAAUUGAAUAUGCAAAGUCUAAAAUGGCCGAGGUGGGCUUUACAAAUCUCUGGAUCGAAGGAUCAAAGGGAGAAAAAAACGGGCAACCUUAAGAUCGACAUAAAUGGCAUGUGAAAACGAUAACGUCAGGAAGACAAGACUCCUCGAUCUACCGCAAAUACAAAUGUGCAAUUCACAGUUGUCCGCUCGGAGUACCGGAAAUAUUCAACAUUUCAUAGACCUUCUUUUUCCAUUUCAACAAGAUUAAAUAACGUACGGGAGAAGAGGACGAGACGGAAGGCAGACAUUCUGCAAGAACAAUGUGCGGCGCUGGUUUUCGGUGAAAUUCUGACUAAAAUUAAACUAGUAAAAAAAAAUUCAGCUCCUCUGGGAGGACGAAACUCCUCCCCUGAAUUUCAUUAGGAAAAAUUUACGUUUAUAUGAAAAUUAUUGAAAGUAUUUACAAAGCGCAAUUGAUAGGUGAAAAAAAUAUUGUUGAACUUUCUUUUUCUAGCCUUAGGAAAGGGUGAGACUAUUGUCCCACUACUAUUUCCAGUGAUUAAUGUUGAAUUUCAAUCGAUGUUGGCUUUAUUUGUCUUAUUUAUUCAAUAGCUGAUGAUAGUCGCGAUGUUUUUUUAACAGGAUAAUGUGACAGCAGUACUACUCGCCUUGAAGAUUUUUAAUCUCGAAUAUUUCGGGGAAAUUAUCUCGCUUGAGAAUUUUCAUUCUCUGUUCAAGAUUCAUUUUUUCUGCAUUUCAAAAUUAUCGACGAGGGGGGAGGGGGGGAAAGACUUAUCUGCUUUAUAUAAAUCCGUCAACGCUCACCGCUAUCUCCCGAAUGUACAUAAAAUGAAAGUAAACCAAAAAAAGGAAUACAAAUUUUUAAACAGUCGUUGACGCCCGAAACAUCUAAUUACAAUUUUUCUGUUCCCUGUGCAAUUGAAGCAAUUGGGAGAAUUGUACGUGUAUGAUUAACAAGCAAAAUUCAAUAUUCAACGAGCAAUAAAUUUGCUCGAGUAAUGUAAACAACCAAUGAAUCAUCGUACAUUUAAAUUGCAUACACGAACAUCAAGCUUAAUACCAAAGGUGCCCUAAGAAACGUGUAUUUAUGUUUUUAAUCAUCACUAUCACGUUUUAAUAUCGUGAUUUAACUUGUUAAAAAAAAAGAAUUAAAUUAAACUAGUGAUGGGAGGUAAAAUGAGAGUAAGAUUUUUUGAGUGAACAAAAUAAUCUAUAGAGACGAGAGAAAAGUUAAUCGAGUGAGAGAUGAAAUUAAAGAGGGAAAACAGUAACAAGUGAACUUUAUUGUCCUUAGACAAUGAAUGAGAGUAAAAGCAUUGUAAUAACAUUAUUUAACGAAUGUGAACAUAUCAUAGGUUUAAGGCGAUUUAUGGGGUGUAUCGAGGAUUCGAAUUUCAACAAAAUUUAACGAGAGGAAAAAUAUUUGAAAAUACAAAAAAAAUAACAGAACGUGUGGAGUGUGUUGCAGAGUUGGAGAAAAGUGAAAAUUGUAACUUAUUACUUUCAGUGUAUUUGUAAUAAGGGAGCGAGUAGGAGAGGUGUGCCCCGUGUACUAGAAUGACGGCCAACUCGGCACGUAAUUUGCCCAAGUGCCUUCCCGUUGGUCGAGUCAUGCUAACUGUACCGUAAGUCACGUCCCGUGUAACUGUCAAAUACCGUCACAGAGACCGGAUAAAUCCCCCGACCCAAUUUUUACAAACUCGUCAUUCCCAACCUGAGAGAUAUAUCCCAUCAACUUACUUUGAAAAAUCCUGUUUUUCAUUUCCAACUGAUAAACCCCUCGCCCCCACUCCCCCCACUAUAUUUUCAGUGUCACAAAGUGUGAGUACGAGGGGCUAAUCACGAAGGAACUUUGAUGUCAAAUUACCAGAUCGCCAUUUUUUAUUUAAUUUGUGACUUCACGGAAUUUUUGGGGGCUCUAGAUGGGGUAUUAGGCGAUUUCUAGCUCAGCUAAUCUGGUUUAGAAAAGGGCAAUCAAUUUUUUGAGCCAUUUUCCAGAUUUUUCUCUCUUUUCUCGCCCAUCAAUCCAUUAAUCUAUAAUAGCUUUUCAUGGGAUUUUAUAAAUAAGAAAAAAUCAUUCGUGGUUAACCCCUCUUUCCAAUCCAAUAUUCUCCGUUGUAUCUUUUCCUUCUUUACUGGGCGCGUAAAAAUCCACUUCGUUCUCGAGAGGGUGAACCGAUUAAUAGCCGAACCCUCGUGACGAAUGUCCGCCACUAGUUCAUUGGGCAUUUAUAAAUAAGUGAACACAUAGCCACGAAAACUAUAACGAGAAAUUUUUUGUGUACGAAAGACAGUCUCGGUGGAACAAUUUGGAGUGAGUGAGAAUUUUAAUUUUUUUUUUAUUUAGGGAAUGGAAUACUUAAGAGUAGGACAAAUACGAGAGAAUUUAAUGCGUAAGCGGGGGGGAUUACAAGGGGGUAGAUGAAAAUAAUACUUAAAUGGUAAUGGUAGAGUAAGUAGAGGGUUUUAAAGUUCAGACAUCGUGAUUCAUCGACAUCAGCGGUUUUAACAUUAAUGAGGAAUAAAUGAUAGUUUAUAGCGCUAUUCUCGUGCAGACACACGCGCCGACCACAUUAUUAUAGUAAAAAAAUUCUCAAGGUAUAUAUUGUACUUGCGUUAUUACGAGAUAUCGAUGAUUGGAGGAACGAGUGGAUUUAUUCGAUGAUAAAGUGACCCAAAUUUUUCCUGAUGAACUAAAAACUCAAUUCUUUAUUUUUCUACAUUUCUGGACCAAGUUAUCCGAGAGUCGUUCUGUUGGAAUAAUCACGUGCUAAAUACCGUCCUCGUCAGGUUAUUUUUCCAAUAAAAUUAUCCGUUACUUUGCGGCAAAAAUAACAAUAGAAUCGAAAAAUUGCACGUUUCUUGUGGAGGUAUUUUAAUUAUUUAGUAUCGAUGAAAUUGUUGGAUUCAUUAGCGGUAGUUGAUACUAUUCAUUCCGUGAUAAUGAUACAUAUCAAGUCCAUAAACUCUAAAAUAAUGUGAGGCAAAGGUUUAAUGAAAAACAUAUCAAUUAUUGUACGUAUGUACUGGUAAAGAUGGUCAUUUUUUGAUUCUUCGAGGUUUUAUAUGCUAUUUCGACAGCAGUAAAUUCCCCUCGAAAUUGGGUUUUUUCUGUUUUUAAGGUGAUGAGAGAGAGAGUUCGUUGUUAUUGCGAAGAGUUUAUCCAAUGGCGUUGCGCAACUGUCACCUCGUGAAUUGCAUCUUUCAAUCAUGAAUUAAUUUAUCCACAGGAUGAAUAAUAAUUCUUCAAUAGACAAAAAUAUCUCUGCACUGUUGGAAAAGUCGUAUACAAUUGUUGAAUUUUUAAUGUAUUUUUUUAUCGAAAAAAUUGUUGAUUUUUAGGUCCUCAUAAUCAUGAAACUUAUCAAAUAAGACAAAAGAGAAAAUUGAUUUAUUUUUAUGAGACAUUCCACGAACAAUGGAAUGCAAAUUCCCAGAAUUUGAUGACAAUUUCACUGGAACUAUUUUUUAAUUUUCAGAAAAGUUCCAACAGUACAAUUCAAGAAUUAUUAUCCUCCCUUUGCGUUAGGGACCGAGAGAGAAUUUACCGUUCCGGCAAUUAGACAUUUUCACCUCGUGACAGAACAAAGACACAAUGAAUCUCAACAAGAAUUUCUCAAUCAUAAAAAUUCUUGAGGGGCAACAGAAAAAAAAAACUGGAGAAAGUGUGAAACGAUUGAAAGUAAAGUAAAAUGCGUGGGGCCUUAAACCAAUAUUUGUGAAAUAUACAAAAAAGAGAGAAGAAAAAAACACUAAGGGGUAAAAAAGGUGAAAAUAAUUCGACGAUGUAAUUUUUCAUACGCGAUAUUACGAUAUAUUUUGAAGAAAAAAAAACAAAACAAGACGGCUCGAGACGGAACGUCGCGUUCCCGAGGAUUUAUAGUUCUCCUCAAGAGUUGAAGAAUCUUUCCGGUGUAAAAACUACUUGUGCUUACCUUUAAUUUCACGCCGCGACAAACUCGCUCUAAUUUGCCAGCUUUCUUCAUUUUUUGUUAUUUACUUCUCGGUGUUUUUUAUCGCUAUUUUACAUUCCACUACCUCCGCCCCCUUAUUUAUUCUAUUAUUUCACUGAAUGAAGCAUAUCCUAGCUGAGAAAAUCACUCCCACCUGAAAUAUUUCCUCCCCAUUAUUCCAAAUCAAUUAGCGAUUAGUCUAGAUCUGAAAUAAUGUACAAUUAUUCUGUUGAUUUUUAGUUUUAAAUAUGAAAUUAAUAACAUGAUAACGGAGGAUUUUAGAUCGUGACUACAUGUAUUGUAUUUCCGUAAAAUUAAUUUUCUCACUGUGAGAAUUAGAAAAAUUGUAUUAUGUAAGAGAAGAACUGAAAUCAUUCGAUCGAUUAUUGAGAAGUGAAUGCAUAUGAGGGGAUGAAAGAAAAUCAUAGAUUGGACUUAAAAAGUGCUUUACAAGUGAAACUAAUUCAUAUCACUAGAUAGUAAAACGCUAUACAUACAGUAUAUUACAUAUUGAUUAAUUAAUUAUUACUAAACGUAAACGUAAAAUAGUGUGAGCAUUUUCGCGUAUAAGAAUUCAAUAAUGUAGACGAUGAAGAAAAAAAUUCAUUAGCAUACCCUUUACGAAUUAAUGAAAAUUACCAUGGUGGAUGCAAUGAUUUGCGGUCUAUUUCCGAGAGCAUUAGAAAAAAAAAACAACCGAAUCAACCAGUGAAACCGUCGUAAUGCGUACAAAUAGUUGAUUAUAAUGGGGUUAUCGUGGAAUAUAGGGAUCGAACGAUUUUAUUAUUUUCAAUUUGAUAUUGUGAGGAUGAGGAAUAAUGCCGGUGUUACAUGUCAAUCCGAUAUUUUUUACCGCUAGCGUAAUUAUUUACUCAGAUCGUUGUGGUCGACUUUCUCAAGUGGAAUGACGACAUAAUUUAUUCAAUUGAGGGGAGAGUUUUGGAUUUUCAGGGUGGACAAAUUUUCAGUCGGCUCUUUCCUGCUCAUGAAGAAUAUUUUCCAAUGCCUGCUCACACAAUUCAGGUUCCUUAGAUUUAUCAUGAUAUCAUCAAUUGCUUUUGUGAUCUAGAGGAACUAUUGGCUUGAAAAAAAAUCAUGAAAAAAUAUGAAAAACCUGUGCAAUGCCUUCUGAAACCUGGAAUUUCAUGCCUUAAAGGAUAACAGGCAACGAAGAACUAUUUCUCAUCGCUUUUUGCAUGCAUGAAUAAAUAAAAAUUCGGAAAAUUCUGAAAUUUAAAAGCCCGUGACCUCGAAAACCCCCAGACUCUCCCCUCGUCUAAAAAAUAAUGUCCUGAGAAGUGAAGGAGAACGAGAGAAAGAGAGGGAUUUCUCGGUUUUUAUGUGUUCCACUCGCAUUGUCGCUGUAAUGGUGAAACAGUAACAUAGACGAGUGUGUACAAAAGGGCAAAGACCUUAGAGCCAUCUUGAACCGGCCGAGCGAGAAGUUGAAAUCUCGCUUUUUCACUGUUGUUGCGCGCAGUGCGGAUUUCUGUGAGAUGAAUUUUAGUGAAGACAUGAAAGAAAAAAAAACAAAACCGAAUGAAAAGAAUUUCAGAGACAAAAAAAUGGAAUAUAUACAAAAGAGCUUAUAGCGGUAAACGUUUAUGUAUUGUCAAGAUGUUUCGUCAAUCUAAAAGAUAUUAAAGAGUAUUUAGGUAUUUACAAAACUUCUAUUUGCAAUCACUCAAUUCAAGUUAUUUUCUUUGUAAUAUUGUUCACCAAAGAUUUAUUGAUGUAACUUACUGUUGUGUCCAUCCAAAGACUAAACCACCUAAUUAUUUAAUUUUACAUUUUUUUGCCAUUUUUUUCAUUUCGUUGGGAAAUGGUGCAUUAACAAUUACUAUGCAAGGUUUAAAUAACGUGUUUGGGGAAUGAUAAUUAAAUUUAAUAAAACAUCGCUGAUGAUGACUCAAUGGAAUAUUCAUCCCCCCCGUCUAUUAUGUGUGACGAUAAAAGUCCUCGCAACAGGAAAAAUUACGGAGAAUUGACUGGGAGUGACCGAUUUGAUGAGAAUAAAUAAUCGACAUUUUUCUAUUCACCGAUGUUGAGAUGAAUUAUCCACGGAUUCAUGGAUGGCCUCGUGAGGAUUGAUUAUCGGAGAUAAACAGCGGAGAGAUUAUGUGAGUUAUAUACUGCGGGAAAAUGAAAAUCAUUGGCGUAAUUAUCGGAAGGAUGUGUCGACUCAUGGGUAAUUAGAGAGUCUCGAAUUUGUACUUAUGACAGGGAAUACUGGGGUAAUUAAUAUCAGUGGAUAGGGACCGACGUAUCAUCCUCGAUAAUCAGCCAUCUUUAUCAUUAGGGUUUAAUCAUAAAUUUUGAACAAUUAGAAACAGGUCGCGAAAAUGUCUCUGAAAAAAGACUUAAAUUUUUUUAAUUCAUAAAAAUGAUUAAGUUUUAAUUCAAAAUGGAUUGGAAAACAACUUGAGAACUGUAAACAUCCAGAAUUUCAAAAACUUCAUAAUUUUUACUUCCUAAAUUUUAUCUAAUGACAUCUUUGUCCCGUCAGGAAAAUAUUCUAGAGCAGAUAUUUUUUCACAGUCAUUACGUCGAGGAUAAUAAGUCGAGGAACCUCUGAAAGUGUUGAGCGAACCUCGUGUGCAAUUAAUAUAAAAGAGAAAAAAAGGCAACAUGUUAAUACCCGGGAAAUAUCGUGCCGGCUAGGUCGAGCGAUUACCUGAGCAAUCGUGUGCAGAGGACGAUCGAGAUAGGCUCCGUGCGGUAUUGAGGCCGCAAUUUUUACCCCGUUAAAAGCAAUCGCGGGGCUUUAGUAGAAAAAAAAUAUAUACUAUGCGAUCGAAACACGCAAUUGUCAAUGGCAUAGCAUAAACCCUUUUCUUUAAUGCAUUCUAGGAAAUUUCCCGGUGUUUUGUAAUGUGAGAGAUACGAAAAAAAUAAUAAAACAUGUAACAAUAAUGUACUUGUGAGAGACGCAACAUCGAAUUUGUUUAUGCCGACGAAGUUAUGGAUUAUUAAUUUUUUUGAUAAAUUUCCGUGGCUGUUUGAUAACGAGAGUAAUCCGGAGCGGAAGCGCCACGAGACGCGCGUAAUGUGAAAAAAAACGAUAGAAAAAUUAAAUAAAACUAAACAAUAAACAAUAGUACAGCUUUUUGUGUGAGGUUAUUGUGAUAUUUAAAGAAUAACUUUGCGAAGUAGUGAUCGUCAGAAGUAAUACUCUGAUAAACUAUUUACUAAAGAAAUAAAGAAAGAUGAAAGUAAACGGAACAGAGAAAAUAAGGAGCAACAAAUUCGGGAAAAACGAGAGAAAAAAAACAAAAAAAAUGGCAAAAAAACUGAAAGCGCUUCAGCGAUUGAAAAAAAAUAACAUUUAUAACUAAUAAAGUAAAUAAAUAAGGAAAAACUCAGUAGUGGCGGGGCUUGAGUGACUAUUUUCCUCCUUGUAUCUGCGGCAUAAAUUAGGAAAAUUAAAUUAGACAAAAUUAAAGUGGAGUUUUGGGAGUUUAAUGAAGUAAAACAAAUUAGUUGAAAGUAAUUGUAAUUAUUGUGCCGUGGAUGCUAAUUAGUUAACGAGGUUGCGACAAUCUGAGGCUUCGUCAAAUACUGCCGGAUGCAUUUGGUAUUUCAAUAGUCGAUUCCUGAUUUUUCAUUGAACAAUGAGAGUUCAUUUUCUAAAUAAAAUCAUGAAAUUAAUUGAGCGAAGGAGGGAAUUACGGCCAUGGAAAUACCACUCACCGCAUCUAGUUUAAAUCCGUCCAUAAAUGUGUCUCGAUUCGAAAGAUAAAAGACGAGAGAAAUUAUAAUAAAAAAAAUCGAGAUGCAGUAACCACAUUUUGCACAAAAUCGUGCAUAUUAAUCAUUGGGACUACAAAAAACAUAUCAUAUGUAAUUAUAUCUAUGAUGAAGAGAAAAAGGGGGAAAACAAUGAUAAAAAAAAUAUUAAGCGAUAAGAUUCUAUUUAUAUGCCCGUGUAAGUAAACUAAGUUAUCAACGUAAUGAAAAAAAAAAAUAGAGGGAGAAAUAAAUAAAAACAUGAAGUACAGUGGAAGGGAAGAAAGAGUAACAACCAUGCAUAUCAUUCGUGUGUCUGGGCAAGGAAUAGCUUCUAUUAGAACAUAAUUCGACGUUGUCAGGCGUUAAUGUUAAUACUUACUUAUUAUUAUAUUAUUAUAUGAUUAUCAUUUGGAAUUAUUAUAUUAUUUGGAAAUAAUAAGAACGAAAUAUAUGAG